AAGUCAAAUGACCCUGGAGAAGCAUCAGUGUUUUUUCUUAGCGUUCCCCAAACACAUGCAAAUCCACUCGAGAUCAAAGCCGCCUUGCUGCUGGAUGUGACAGACUGGUUUUAUGCAGCCAGAGAGAUGGAUUAAUGAUCUCAGCAAAAAGCUGGCAUGUUCAAGAGAUUUAAAAUAUUUUUUUUUUUAUAUAACAGCCUUAGCCAAAGCUGUUCUAGGGUUCAGAGGAACCCUAGUUCCCAGAGAGGACAGACUCCUUAACUAAUGGCCAAUCUCUAAGCAGAGGGGAGGACAAAGCCUCCUCAUGCUCAGGGGUAGGGGUGGGGGGAUAGAGAAGCACCGGUACCUAUUACUGGGCUGGGAAACUCAGCCUUGCCAACCAUGCCCUCACAGCCCCUCCAAGAAGCACUGCCAGAGCCCUGGGGACAAGAUCCAUGGUUAACUCACAGAGCAUCUUCCCCGUUGAAGGUCCCUGCACAGCUUCCUAUUGCAUCAUAGACGUCCGCAGAAUGCCUUGUUUUAUGAGACUUGUUUUGUUUCUGCUUUGCCUGGUGGCUCUUGUGGAGAGCAGAAAGCCCAGGAGGAAGAGAUGGACUGGGCAGCUGGAACCUUCCAAGCCAAGCCACUUGUAUAAAAAGAACCUGGAUGUAACCAAAAUCGGGACAGGAAAACCUCCGCCCCUGCUCAGAGUGGACGACCAUGACUUCACCAUGAGGCCAGCCUUUGGAGGCCCUGCCAUCCCUGUGGGCGUGGACGUGCAGGUCGAGAGCCUGGACAGCAUCUCCGAGGACUUCACCAUGACCCUGUACCUACGGCACUACUGGAGGGACGAGAGGCUGGCCUUUCCCAGCACCAGCAACAAGAGCAUGACCUUUGACGGGCGGCUCGUGAAGAAGAUCUGGGUUCCCGACAUCUUCUUUGUUCACUCUAAAAGGUCGUUCACUCAUGACGCCACCACUGACAACAUCAUGCUGAGAGUGUUCCCAGAUGGCCAUGUGCUGUAUAGCAUGAGGAUUACCGUCACUGCCAUGUGCAACAUGGACUUCAGCCACUUCCCCCUGGACUCCCAGACCUGCUCUCUGGAGCUGGAGAGCUAUGCGUAUACGGACGAAGAUCUGAUGCUGUACUGGAGGAACGGGGACGAAUCCCUGAAAACAGACGAGAAGAUCUCCUUGUCCCAGUUUCUGAUUCAGAAGUUUCACACGACUUCCAGACUGGCCUUCUACAGCAGCACUGGCUGGUACAACCGUCUGUACAUCAACUUCACGUUGCAUCGCCACAUCUUCUUCUUCUUGCUCCAGACCUACUUCCCUGCCACCCUGAUGGUCAUGCUGUCCUGGGUGUCCUUCUGGAUCGACCACAGAGCUGUGCCGGCCAGAGUUUCACUGGGCAUCAUGACGGUGCUGACGAUGUCCACCAUCAUCACGGGCGUGAACGCCUCCAUGCCCCGAGUGUCCUACAUCCGGGCCGUGGACAUCUACCUCUGGGUCAGCUUCGUGUUUGUGUUCCUCUCGGUGCUGGAGUAUGCGGCUGUCAACUACCUGACCACAGUGCAGGAGCGGAAGGGACGGAAGCUACGGGAGAAGUUUCCAUGCAUGUGUGGAAUGCUGCACUCAAGGACCAUGAUGUUGGAUGGAAGCUACAGUGAGUCCGAGGCCAACAGCCUGGCUGGCUACCCAAGAAGCCAUAUUCUGCCAGAAGAAGAAAGGCAAGACAAAAUAGUGGUUCAUUUGGCCCUCAAUAGUGAAUUGACAGCCUCCAGGAAGAAAGGCCUUCUCAAAGGCCAGAUGGGGCUCUACAUCUUCCAGAACACCCAUGCCAUUGACAAAUACUCCAGGUUGAUAUUUCCAGCCUUCUAUAUAGUUUUCAACCUGAUUUAUUGGUCAGUGUUUUCCUAGGGAUUCCCAGGCUGUGUCCAGGAAAGGGCAUGGACAGUCCUUGGUGGACACCUGGGCCUAAUGACCACCCUUCCUACACCAGGCCAAGCAGCUCUUCCUGGCUUGGGGGAGCCCAGGGACCUGCAGCUGCCCUCACCCCAUCUUCAUGGGUCUUUUCCUAGCUCAUUCUGCCUACAUCACACCUUUGACUUCUCCGAACAGUGCUGUCUUUUGUCGUUUGUGAACUUGUUCACAAGAAUUCCCCUCAUACCCACUUAAUAAAAGACUCACAUGCCUCCCAGAUGCCCUGAGAUGCUCAGUAUGGGAAGGAAGAAAAUGAGGGACAAA